AUGUUUCUUAUGUCAUCUGGAACAUUAAGACCAUCGGCAAUCGAGCUUGUUAGGCCACCUGGCAAUGGGAAACCUCAAUGGAAGCGAGUAUUCACUCCAUGUUGGGAUGCAACAGGUGAUUGGCUAUGGAAGCUUGCUAAAGGGUAUACUCUUGUUCAUGAUAGUGGUUACCAUCAACUAGUGAAUGGAUGUAAAAGACUCAUAUUCGCGCCACACGGUCUAAAGCUAACCAUUGAAGACUAUCCUACACUUAAAAACCUAUCAUUCAACAUCGGUAGGAUCUUCACAUGGAAUCUUCACUCAGGCGAUGGUCGUCCUGUUUGGGAUGUAUCCUGCAAAGUCAUAUUGCUCGAAAUUGACCGCUGCAUGGUGACCGGAAGCUACCCAGUUGUUGUCAAAAUUCUAAUUAAAUCUUUUGGUGUUUUGGAGAAGAGGCCACUAUGGUUCGUCUUUUUUGUCUGCGUGCCCGACUGUUCUAAUCUCUGUCCACCAUGCUUGAAGCUCUGA